AUGACAUCAACAACAACAACAGGAGCAGUAGCUGGAGGAAACAAAAACAAAAGGAAAAAAGAUGGUUAUUUGGGAGGAUUAUUAGGUGCUCUCUCUACAAAUGCAAUCAGAGAAGUUUUACUUAAAGAAUAUGAAAGAGAAAUCCCUAUAGUUUUAAAGAUUCAAAGUUAUAGAACAAAAUUAUUAGAUUAUUAUUUCUCAUUUGCAAGUUUAUUGGGAGAGGAAUUUUGUUAUAUUUUAUUGUUACCGAUUACGGCAUGGGUAAUUUCACGUGGUUUGGCAAUUGACUUGACAUUUAUGUUGGCCUUGUCGAUUGGUACAGGUAAUAUACUCAAAAAUACCUUUACGUUGCCUCGACCAGUCAAGGUUUGGACCAACACUGCUCCACAAAAGGAUCAUGGUCUACCAUCGACACAUACUUCAUCAUCGAUUGCCAUUCAAUUUUACUACUUUAUGUAUUUUUAUCACGUAAAUCCCAAUCCUUCACAUCAAUACCUCCCAUAUUGGAUCGCCAUUAUUCCAGUUAUGUGGUCAGUUGGUUCAGUCAUGCUCAGCAGACUCUAUAAUGGACAUCACACUCCAAUGGACGUCACUGCUGGUGCCAUCAUUGGCUUUUCCGCCGUUUUCACAUUUGUAUUUGGAUACCGUCCAUUCUUUAUCAAUCUUUUGGCCGACGACAGUUUCCUUGCACCCAUGGUUGUCUUUGCCACCUGUUGUGUGGUUCUCUUUAUGCAUCCACAACUAAAGACUCCUACCCCUGCCUAUCCAGAAACUGGUUUGGUCGUUGGUACUUUUCAUGGUAGUUUCCUUGGUGGUUGGAUCGCUCACAAAUACAAUCUCUAUUAUACCCCAGAUCCUUACUAUCAAUCAUCCUAUGCUAUUGUUAAUUUUAUUCAAACAAGUAAUACUUAUUUAACUAUAGCAAGAAUUUUAAUUGGUAUUGUUUUGGUAUUAUUGAUAAAAGAUUUGUCAAAGAAAUUAUUUUAUUAUGUUUUUAAUAAUUUGGUGGCACCUAUUAUCAAUCGUAAGAAACAAGUUAUUCAACCAAUGGUCGAGGCAUUCCAAAAACUAUUUACCUAUUCAUGCGUUAGCGGUUUGAUUCUUUUAUCACCAACCAUCUUUUACCAUCUCAAUAUUAUGAUGCCACUUGAUUACGAUCCAAUCCCAAAUACAAAUCAGCAGCAUAUCAAUUUGAUUACAUCUUUGGGCUUGGUUGUCAGAUGCGCACAAAAGUUACAUGAUAAACAUAACACAACUCUUACUAUUAAUGACCAUCUAUUCAAUAUGUCAAUAAACCAAAUAGCAACAAUGGCCCAGCAUCAACAGCUGUUUGACAUACAUGUUGACUAUGAGACUGGCGAUAACUAUGUAUUUUUCAAUGUACAUAGAGAUUACACUGGUGCAAGCCGUAUGUUUAUCCCACGCAACAAUGGAACAUCAGUAUUGAAAUAA